CCUCGCUGAUGACAAAGGGUCCUCCAGGGGACGCGCCGCGCGUGACUGCGUCCUCUGCUGGUACUGCUGCAGACACAGUCAGUCAUACAGGUGGAGGUGAGACGGACGUACGGGGUGUGUGUGUGUGUGUCGGUGUGUUGGAGGAUGCGAGCGGAGGGCUGCAGUAGUUCGUGGUGAUCGUCGGUAACGAGAGGAGGAGGGGCGCGAGGAAGAGGAGAAAUAAAAAGAGCCAUGAGCUGCAACUGGGGAACCGAACUGUGGGAUCAGUUUGAUAAUCUGGAGAAACACACAAGCUGGGGGAUCGACUUCCUGGAGAGAUACACAAAGUUUGUUAAAGAGCGCGCUGACAUUGAGCUGAGCUACGCCAAACAGAUCAGGAGUCUGUCAAAGAAGUACCACCCUAAGAGAAACAGAGAAGAUGAGAGCAGGUACAGCUGGUGUUUGGCAUUUGCAGCGACCCUCCAGCAGCUGAACGAACUUUCCGUUCAGAGAGAAGAUCUCGCUGAAAACAUGAACACACAGAUCGUCUGUGAGCUGACGCGAUACACUCAGGAGCUGAAGGCUGAGAGGAAGUCUCAUUUCCAAGAUGGCCGUCGUGCCCAGCAGCACAUUGAGAGCUCCUGGAAGCAGCUGGAGUCUAGUAAGCGGCGGUUUGAACGUGACUGUAAGGAGGCGGAGCGAGCUCAGCAUGUUUCCGACAGAAUCGAUCUCGACAAUAAGACCGAUGGAGAGAAGCGCUGCUCGCUGAAGGCUCGUCAGACGGCUCAGCAGAAACAACAAGCUGCUGAAGAGUCCAGGAAAGACUAUGUGACCAGUUUAAACCAGUUUAACCAGGACCAGCACCAGCAUUACCACACACUGGUACCAGUGAUUUAUCAGCGUAUCCAGGACAUGGAGGAACGGCGGAUUGAGAGAAUUGGGGAAGCAAUGCGUUCGUUGGCGGAGGCUGAUAGAAAAGUUCUUCCUGUUGUGAGCCGCUGUCUGGAUGCCAUGAUGGAUGCUGCUGAGAGCAUCCAGCCCAGAAAGGACACCCUUCAGGUGGUGGAGGUGUAUAAAUCAGGGUUUGACCCUCCAGGUGAUGUUGAAUUUGAAGACUAUAGCGCCACCAUGCGGCGGAGCAUCUCUGAAUCCAGUUACCUGGAUAACCGGACAGAGGGACGGAGACACAGCAGGAAGCUGUGGCCCUUUAUCCGAAAAAACAAGUUGCUGACCCUCCUAUCCUCCCCCCGGCAGCCUCCACCCCCACCCCCAACCUCACCUUCCCCUGGGGGUGUGGUCAACAGUCCCCAGUCCCCAUCUACAGGCACCAGAGAACCCAUCACACAACGGCUGAAUGACCUGAUGACCUCUGGUUCCAGAACCAGGAAGCAGUGUCUGCGCAGCCUCAAGAGAGGGUUAUCACUCAAGCUGGGCUCCAGUCCGGCAGACUGCAGCCACCUUCCUCCUGAACAGAGACGUAAGAAACUUCAGAGCCGAAUCAACAACAUCAACCAGGAGAUCCAGAGAGAGCGGGAGCAGCGGGAUGCUUUGCUGAAGAUGAGGGAAGUUUAUGAACGAAGUCCUCAGAUGGGCGAUGCCAACAGUUUGGAGCCUCGACUGGAAGAAGUGAAGCAGAACCUACAGAGGCUGGAGGAGGAGCUAAGAAAGAACCAGGUAUGGCUGUCAGAGGCUGACAGCAGGUUGUCUGAUCACAGCACCAGGAGACAGAGUGGAGGUUGUGGGUUAAAUUCAAUGGCAACAACGCCAGGCAGCAGCAGCCUGAAACAGCUGGAUAACCGCAGCCCAGCAAGCAGAGAGAGUCCUGAUGGCAGUUACACUGAGGAUCACAGUGCUGAGCUUCACUUUAAGUCUCGUAGUUCAGAGUUUGAUGAUGACUUUGAUGAUGAAGAACCGUUGCCAAGUAUUGGAACCUGCAAGUCUCUGUACCCAUUUCAAGGUCAAAAUGAGGGCACUCUGUCAAUGGUGGAGGGGGAACUACUUUCUGUGGUGGAAGAAGACAAGGGUGACGGCUGGACCAGAGUGCGCAGGAACCUGGAAGAGGAGGGAUACGUGCCAACCUCCUACAUCAAAGUCUUCCUGGACAGCAGCGCCAAAGGCUUUGUGCAGAAUAGUCGGCUAGUCUAGCGCAGUUCUCGACCAGUGAGGACGUCUCUCCACAGGAAGUGAUGUAAGAGCUCAGAGGAGGUCCGGUAACUGCUUUUCAUUGGACAGUUUCACUUUUCAGGAUCUCAACCAACCAAUCAGCUGGCAGACUGCUUUCUCUCUUUUUUUGACAGAUAAAAACCUCAGAAACCAAUCAGUGAUCAGUGAGAAAUCAAUCAGAUUAGAGAUCCAUGAGAAACCAGAGGAAGAAAAAUCAGAGUUCAUCAGUGAAAAUUGGUACAAUGAGAGACAAUUGUGAAACCAUUUAGAAAUGAUUCAGCGCUCCAAACAGUCCAUUUAUCAUGAAUGAACUGAACACUGACUCGUGCUUGUGAUCAGUGAUUGAAAAAUUAAUUCUCAUCUUCAGAUAAAUUUUAUGUAACUGUUCAUAUGAAGACUGAAUGGACAGUUUGGUGUGUUGGGCUCACCGUGAUCAUUGUGACAUCACUGUGGACGUGGUCUCUGUAAAGUGUGACGUUUAAACAGACAAGUCGACUGCAUGUAAAUACAAACUGUAGCUGCAGGUGUAGCCCUGCUCCCUGUGGACCUGUUGAUAUUAGCUCUACCCCAACCUGUAUCAACCCUGCCCCUUCCAUUAGCCUGCUUGUUAUUGACUGUGUAAAAUGUGAAACUUUUUUAUUUUAUAGUGAAUUAUUGAUCAAUUAUUACUAUUUUUUCUUUUUUUAUUGAGACGUGAGACUGCUGAUCACGCUCUUUUCAACCUCCUGUAUGUUAAACUUUCAAAAUAAAGUACACUCAGAAUCAA